UCCCGUCGACCCCUCCAGCAGUAGGAGCGGAGACGUGACCCCGAGGAGUCUGUGUCUACCAGACUCCAUUCUGUAUUCCACCCUGGCAAACUUUGACGGACAAUCCUGAGGACUCGCUGACCAUAUCGUAGUCUAGCCGGACCUCUAUGAGGUGAGCUAUAAAGAGGAAGUGGAGAGUUGUGAUGAUGGGUGUAGCGGAGGCGGGUGUGGCGGUGCUCCUGCUGGUGCAAGGAACACUCUCUCUGCAAGGUGCCGGGGCAUGUGAGGUGACUCUGGAGCCACGGAGCAGCAUGUGUUCGUCGGUGAAGCUGUUGUCUGGGGAAGCCAGCCAGGUUAACCAGAAGGUGCUGCAGGAACUGUGUGGGAAGGGCGAGCUGCACGUCUUGCUGAAGGACCAGGGUCCUCCUGUUGUCAGCUCCUCCCCAUUUCAGGAGCCAGUGAAGCGGGCGGAGCAGUACGCCGUGGUGAACCUGCACCGAGAUGGCUUCAGCGACAGAGUCAACUGGACGUCUGGUGAUGCUACAAACGUCUUCUGCGAGAAGAGGUGGUAUGUAGACGAGGAGGUGGCCCUCACCAACGGCUAUGCCUGGUACCGUCACGGCCUGCCCAUGUGGCCGCUUCUCAACCAGGCCCUCGCUCCCAAACAUCGCUUAUUUUCUAGUCGAACAAAGCUAGAUUGGCCAAACUACGCCAUUGCCACUCCUCUCUACCUGGUACCCCGCGAGGUGGCCAACUUUCGCGAUCCACGAGUAGCCAUUCAGAAGCUGUUUGCAGGGGACUCUACCGGUUAUCUGGCCGAACGCGGCCUUCACGAUACAUUUUCUCAAUCUGCCAAAUUCCAAAAGGAUAUCAUUGAUCUAUAUAACGACAAAGAAAUGGACAUGAACGACAACGCUACGAGCUACAGCAACUGGCUGCUGCCGCUCCUGACGCGAAGUCUUCCUCCUAUGAUCAACUCGUUCAAAGCAAGACAGAAACGACGAGCCUCGAAACAUAGCGACAUUUCCACCUGCCCCGACGCGCUGUAUGUCUUCUUCCUGCGCAAGCCAUGUUCCAGGACCAACACCUGCCUACUCCUCAACGAGCUGAUGCUGGUUCUGAGGACCGUCGAGUGCUCUCCCUUCACCGAUCUGGUGGUCGGGUACUCCAAGGAGUAGCUGAAUUAUAUAUGUAUGGUGUGUGUGUUUGUGUAUAUCACAAAUAAAUAAUGACGUGAUAUAUCAUUGAAAAUCAUUUUGAGGCAAUGGAGUGAUUGGAACCCUCGUUCUUGUGAAUCCCAUCAUGGCGUAGUCGGCUGACUAACCUGCCUGCCCUAACCGACUCAUGUUUACUCGGGUAAUCGAGUAAGUAGACCAAUCCACAUACUAGAAAAUGAAGGGACGACGACGUGUCGGUCCGUCCUGGACCAUUCUUAAGUCGAUUGUGAAUGCUCCAGGACGGACCGAAACGUCGUCGUCCCUUCAUUUUCUAGUAUGUGUGGAUUGGUCAACAUACUUCAGCCACGUUAUUGUGACUCAUCGCCUAAUCGAGUAAAGUCGUCUUGGAUCCUAGAAUAAGUUAAUUAGGGUUAGAUCUCAUGGGGCCUUAUCACUUCAGGUUAGAUGUCUCCAGAUGUACUAGAACAUCUCUUUAUAUGGUACACCUUUGGCACAACUACACCUAUUGAAAUAGUACACAUGUUGUAAUAAUAUACGAUAUUACUAGUGCCACUGUAACACUAGUACACAUGUUGUACAAGUACAACUUAUCGACCAGUACGCAGUGGUUCCCCCGGACCUUCGAAUUCUGGCCACGAACAUUAAGGUCGUGGCUUAAUAUUCACAGGAGCGUCACGCUCCACCAGGCUCCCCCGUGGGUACAAUAUCCAAGCGUAACGUCGAACCAACGUUGAUUCGACGUCGAACUAACGUCGAACCAACGUUGAGAACAUUGAUUCGACGUCGAACCAACGUCACUUGCAUCUUGUGCCCACCGGGUUCAUGCUCCUAACAUAAUGAUAUGAAAGAAAGAAAAUUAUACUUCAAUAAAAGAACAUUAUAGACCCGUAAACAAUAUGGCGAAUCUAUUAAUAGAUGAACAAAUGGUGAGAUAUUACACAACUGAUAAAUUUGAUAUGUUUAUUUUGUACCCCACGUAUACGACAAGGUGGAUAAUCAGUACAGGUUACAGAUAUUUAUAUUGUAUUACUGACAUACAACAAAAAUAAUACAAAUAUAUAUACAAUUUAAAGAUACAGCACUAAUAAAUUUAGAAAAAAGA